GGGUUUAAUUUGGGCAGGUCUAAGGCCAUAGCCAUACGGCAGGGCAGGGUUUAGGGGAAGUAUAUAAGAGAGACAAAAACAAAGAAACCUCGUUAUCCAUAGAGAGAGAGAGAGAGACUGUAUGCUCCAAUAGCAAUUACGGAACCAGAAGAGGAAGAAGAAGAAGAAGAAGCAGAAAUCGAAUUGGGGAAGUCGAAAUCUCGCAUGGAACAAGGAAAACAGGGAGCUAUGGUGGAGAAGAUGGUGCCUCCUCAGAACCCUAUUGAGGAAUUCCAGGCUCGCUUCAAGGAGCUGCAGGCUGGCGUCAGGGGGUGGCUGGCCAAGCAAUCUCUGCCCGUCGAGGCCGCCGUCGUCACACUCACCAGCGGUGCUCAGGGCGCCGCCAUCGGCGCCUUCAUGGGUACCCUCACCAACGAUGUUUCUUCCUCUCUUCCCACUCCUCCUCCUCAGGCCGGCCUCAACCCCCAAGCCAUGGCCUCUUUCAAGCAAGCUCAGGCCCUUGCAGGUGGUCCGUUGGUCCAAGCUCGCAACUUUGCUGUUAUGACUGGUGUCAAUGCCGGCAUAUCCUGUGUCAUGAAAAGAGUGAGAGGCAAGGAGGAUGUCCAGUCUAGCAUGGUGGCUGCUUUUGGUUCCGGAGCCCUGUUUUCACUUGUGAGCGGCAUGGGUGGCCCCAAUCAAGCAGCAAAUGCGGUUACUUCUGGACUCUUCUUUGCACUUGUUCAAGGUGGACUUUUCAAGUUGGGGCAAAAAUUUUCUCAACCACCUACCGAAGAUAUCUACUAUUCUAAAACAAGAAGCAUGUUGAGCAACCUCGGCCUCCAGAGUUACGAGAAGAAUUUCAAGAAAGGCCUAUUAUCCGACAACACUUUACCUCUGCUCAACGAUAGUGCUCUUAGAGACGUGAAAAUCCCUCCCGGACCCAGGCUUCUCAUUCUCGAUCACAUUCAGAGGGACCCGGAGAUAAAAGAGAGGCGAGGAUAGAAUAGUUGAACUGCGUAUUGUCGAUUUAGUCUGCUUUGCCAUCCUAAAGAAGAGCCCUUCUAUCUGCAGAUCAGAACCCAAGACUGUGAAGGGAGAUCUGUUUUGAGUUGAGAUAAUGUGCUGCCGACUGUGCCCUUAACUAUUCAACGGCUACAAUUUGCUUAGAUUAAAAGUUAGCUGAUUGCAUAAUCUUUCUAUUUACAACGGUACCGCUAUGAAGACAUGCACAGGUUGGUUUUUAAUUAACUUAAACAACGACCAAAUAUUAUGAAGAGAAAGCAAGAAUCGGAAUUUCUUAAAUUUGAUUGU